AGGAGUCGCAGACUGCGAUCCCUCACUGGAGGAUUUCCUCCUUUUAUCUUCUCAUAUCAUGGUCGUCGACGGCGACAUCACAAUCGUAGACAAAUGCUACUCUUCUGGUCAGGUAUCUCAUCUUAUGGACCUCCGAUCGGCGCAUAGAUGAUUGUUAUUCUGUCGCCUGAGCGACGGUCGGAGGUCCACGCCGCUGAAGACCUUACUCGUCUCGUUGUUGAUAUCACACCGAUCUCAACAAUUCGAUCUUGUCAGGAUUCAGCGGCUCCCGCAAAUCAAUUACCCCAGGUCAUUGUUGCGCGACAGGAAAAGCGGUGUCUCAACCCCAACACCGUCAUCCUUACUGCGCGCAUCACUUCCCCGUGAUCCGUUCUUUGUUGUAUUGUCAAUACUAUGAUACAUUGAAUGUCAUCUGUUGGUGGAACAUAUGUUCGACUUUGAUGGACACGACACAUCACAAUACAUCUAUUGGUUUCUUGAC